GUAGCACUGAUCAGUGGUACGUAGACAAAAAUCGACGUAGUUUUCUCCUCAUCCUCACUAGUUUGCGUUCGUCAUAUUUGUGACCGUCUCCAGCUCACUUUCACAACCCACCAGCGUCUGCAACGAUGGUCGCCAAACAGAGGAUUCGCAUGGCCAACGAGAAACACAGCAAAAACAUCACCCAGAGAGGCAACGUCAAAUCAUCGAAAAACGUCAGUGAUGAUAAAGUUUCGGUGGGACCCUGGCUCUUGGCGCUUUUCAUCUUUGUGGUCUGCGGUUCAGCAAUAUUCCAGAUCAUUCAGAGCAUUCGAAUGGGCAUGUAAAGAGGACCAAUGAUGUCUCAAGCAUCCACUCCUUGCCAGCGACUUUGCCAAGGAGCCUCUCUUCAAGGCUUUUGCAGAUUUCAUUGAUUAAUCUUCUAUGAGGUGCAACAAUCCUAUCAUUCCUCUCUGGUGCCUUGUUAAUGAAGAAAACACAAAAAGCCAUAAAACUUCAUUCCGAUCAAUUGUAAUGUUGUUUUCUGUCAAUCUACCUUGAUGUUGUGUAAAAAAAUCUUGACGCGUCACGAGCAGUGAUGUGAUUCGUCAUUCCUGAUUUCUCGUUCGUUCUUGAAGUAAUUUUGCAGAAAUUAUUUAACGU